AUGCGUGUUCCGCCGCUCAGUGUACCAGAUAAGGAGUCAGUAAAUGAGCGUUUUACAUCAAAUAUGCUAUAUUAUCAGACCAAUUAUUUUCUGGUAACGGCUGUUCUAAUAGGAAUAAACCUAAUUUUGAGUCCUAUUAGUGUCUUGGUUGGCUCAUGCACUCUGACAUUCGCGGUAGCGCUGUGCAAUAACCUAGACAGCUGGUGGCCUUUUGCUUCUCGGCCUUCAAACGUAGUAAUAUAUGCUAUUGUUUGUACGGCCAUCUUACUCUACAUGCUGCCGAUGAUGACCCCUACUAUUCUCUGUUUGGCCUCUAUUUCACUUGUUAUUAUGCUGCAUGCGUUGCUUCGUCAAAGGAAUAUGAUGAAUAAGGUAACGCGAUUGUUGGACGCCAAUGCCCCUGAUCGUUACAGAUCGCCUAUGGGGUUACUUUUGGGGAAGUAUGGAGAAUAG